UUGCAUCUUAUGUUGAAACCAGAGCUGUGCUCUACAUCUGAAAAAGUUUGAGCAAAUAAACUGACGAGUAUCUAACUAACCACACAAGAUGGGAAGCGGAAUUAGUUCAGAGAGCAAGGAGUCGGCCAAAAGAUCAAAAGAACUGGAGAAAAAGCUUCAGGAAGAUGCUGAGCGAGAUGCGAGAACCGUAAAGUUGCUGUUAUUAGGAGCAGGAGAGUCAGGAAAAAGUACUAUUGUUAAACAAAUGAAGAUCAUCCAUAAGAAUGGUUACAGUGAGCAAGAAUGCAUGGAGUUCAAAGCAGUAAUUUAUAGUAAUACAUUGCAAUCCAUCCUAGCUAUUGUGAAAGCCAUGACUACCCUUGGGAUUGAUUAUGUAAAUCCCAGAAGUGCAGAAGACAGACAACAACUUUGUGUGUUGGAAAAUACCCUGGAAGAUGGUCGCAUGACUCCUGAACUGGCUGAGGUAAUAAAAAGGCUAUGGAGAGACCCAGGAAUUCAGGCUUGCUUUGAAAGAUCAUCUGAAUACCAGCUCAACGACUCAGCAGCUUACUACCUUAAUGAUUUGGACAGAAUAACAGCUCCUGGAUAUGUCCCCAAUGAGCAAGAUGUUCUACAUUCUCGAGUGAAAACAACUGGAAUCAUUGAAACUCAAUUCUCCUUUAAAGACUUGCAUUUCAGAAUGUUCGAUGUAGGUGGACAGAGAUCUGAGAGAAAGAAGUGGAUUCACUGCUUUGAAGGUGUUACGUGCAUUAUAUUUUGUGCCGCACUCAGUGCCUACGACAUGGUCCUAGUGGAAGAUGAAGAAGUGAACAGAAUGCAUGAAAGCCUUCACCUGUUUAACAGUAUCUGUAAUCACAAGUACUUUGCGACCACCUCCAUUGUUCUAUUUCUCAAUAAAAAAGAUCUCUUUCAAGAAAAAGUAACCAAAGUUCAUCUUAGUAUCUGCUUUCCAGAGUACACUGGGCCAAAUACAUUUGAAGAUGCAGGAAACUACAUUAAGAACCAAUUUCUAGACCUGAAUUUAAGAAAAGAAGAUAAGGAAAUUUAUUCUCACAUGACCUGCGCUACAGAUACCCAAAAUGUCAAGUUUGUGUUUGAUGCAGUUACAGAUAUAAUAAUCAAAGAGAAUCUGAAAGACUGUGGGCUUUUUUAAUCCAUCCUUUUUUCUUUCAUUCUUGCUAAUGUA